GGAGUAAAAACACAAGUCAACUUCCACAAAGACUAAAACCAUUGAACAAAAUAUAUCCUCAUUCUUAAAUCAACCAAAGAUUUCAAGAUUCCAAAGGGGAAGAUGGAAAACUCCCAAAUUGUAAGGGAAGGAAAACUAGGGUUCUUUGGCAUAAUCAAAGAAUCUCUAAGAAUCCCUUUCAAAAAUCCCAAUUUCAUCAUCUUUGCUUUCCUUACCUCUCUCCCUCUAUUUUGCUUUUCAAGUGUGUAUGAAAUUAUCUUCCAGAAAACCAUCAUUGAAACAAGAUAUAUCAUACAAGAAACUAUUACUCCUGAUAAUCCUUAUGGCAACUUCGAAUACAGCUAUGAAGCACUUCUAAAUUUCGAAAAAUGGAUCGGAAAGAUUUCUCGCAAGUUUCUUCUAUUAGUUCUGUUCUAUUUAGGGAUCUUACAUUUCUUGGAUCUGCUUAACACAGUUGCUGUAGUGGAAAUAACAUCAUUGAUCUACAAAGAGGAGAAGGCUAUGAAUCUUAAAGCCAUGUUUAGCAGAUUCAUCAAUGAAACAAGACUUAAGGGUCCUCUAAUCACAUCUAUUUAUGUUCUUCUAUUAGCUUCUCUUAUUUCCUUUGGAUUAGUCUCCUUACUACCAUACAUAUUGAUUGGAUACACUGCUUUUUUCUUUACAGUACCAUUUUUGGUUCUUUAUAUAUCUUUACUGAUCAAAUAUAUAGAUUGGAGUGCUAUUUGGGAUAUGGGUAUUGUGAUUUCAGUUUUAGAAGAGAAACAAGGCGAUGUGGCAAUAAUUGCUUCAUCAUAUCUAAGCAGAGGAAGCAGGCUUUAUGGGUUUUUUCUAAUGCUUGUGUUCUUUGGUUGGAGGGUUGCCCUGAGAUUAUCAUUACUAUAUGCAGGAUUUAAGACAGGAGGAGGUGAAGUUAUGAGAACAGUACUGCAGAGUGGCUUUAUUUGCUUCGGCGUUGUGUUAAAGUGGGUAAUCUUUGUGGUUUACUUUUAUGAUUGUAAGAAGCAAAGUUUGGAAGGAAAGAUCGAUGCAGAGGAAGGGAUUAGAAGAGUUGAGCAGUGAUCAAUUUAAAGAUGUAACUAUUAAGCAUAAAAGUAAAUAAGUUCAAUUUAGUCCCCUGAAAUAGAUUGCUUCCUGUCAAUUUUAUUUUGAUAUCUAUAUUAGUACAUUCAGUUUGAAUUUUA